GCAAGACGUUGUGCUCGGCGGCAGAGCUGCGGUUUCUCUUGGGAGGGAUUAAGUGACGCGCUCCGCGCCGGAGGAUCUUCCCGGCAGCGCGGGCGGGUCUCGCCUCCGCCGCCGCGACGGCGCUCUCGCUGCGGCCGCCUCCGCUCCUUCCCUAGCCCUGACCGGCCACCUGCCCCUAUUGUCCCCAAGCCAUGUGACGGGGAGGGUGACGGAGCACUUUUAUUUGCUUAGUCAUCGCUCCCCAGCCCUCUGAGGAGGCGACUCGCUUAUACCCUCCUCGCCCUUACCGAGCCAAGCCCGGCGACGCACCACCUCGCCGGCAGAGAGGGGCAACCUGGACGUUGACAUGGGGACGGAGAGCGGCAGGGCGGCGGUCUUGCUGGGGCAGGCGCGCACCCUCAACCUGCAAACGGGCAACCUGCUCAACUGGGGCCGCUUGCGGAAGAAAUGUCCGGCCACCCCCAGCGAGGAGCUGAGGGAUUGCAUUCAGAAAACUUUAAAUGAAUGGAGUUCAAAAAUCAGCUCUGAUCUGAUGCAGGAAAUUCCAGGCAUUCUUGACUGUACUCUCACACAAGCAGUAGAAAAGAUUAAUCCUGAAGAAAGAGAAGAAUUGAAAGUUUCAGCAAAGCUCUUUGUCACAAGAUCAAACUCCUCAUCAAUCAGAGAAGCAGUGAAUAUGACAUGUUCAGCCCUUGGUGUUGACCAAUUAGAUUCUGUGAUCAUUGCUCCUCCUCCAACUGAAGAUGGAAUUAAUCUUUCUUUAGAAUAUUUACAACCUUACUGGACAGAGCUUGAAAACUUAGUUCAGAACAAAAAGAUUGUUGCCAUAGGGACUUCUGAUCUAGAUAAAACAUUGCUAGAACAGCUCUUCAUGUGGGCACAGGUGAAACCAAGUAGUAACCAAGUGAAUCUUGCGUCCUGUUGUGUAAUGCCACCAGAUCUGACUUUAUUUGCAAAAGAAUUUGAUAUUCAGCUGUUAACUCAUAACGACCCAAAAGAAUUGCUUUGCGAAACAAGUUUCCAGGAAACUCUUCAGGAAAGUCUCCCAGAUUGCCAGGGGCAUGAAUGGACUCCCCUCUGGCUUCUGCGAUAUUCAGUCAUUGUUAAAAGCAGAGGAAUUAUCAAAUCCAAAGGCUACAUCUUGCAAGCUAAAAGGAUCCCAUCAUCUUAAGACUGAUCUUGACAAUUGGCUACUUCUGAGAGACCCUGUUUCUACUAGAUAUUGAACCUAGUAGUAGUUUUUUUAUUGACAGGUUAACAUUAAGAUCCAGAUUACAUAGUGGGGUGGUACUCUGACCCCAUUCUUUCCAUUUCAUUUAUUUUCACAUACUGUAUGGUGAUCUGUGUUGAGAUCCAUUGGCUCACAUGUAGAAUAUUGUUUUUUGUUAAAAUGCUAAUUUGGAGAUAUUAUAUGUAAUCUUUGGAAUAUUUUAAUGACUAAUAUAAAUUUAAAAUCUAGCUAGCUAUAUUUUGAUUGAAAUAUUUUUAUUUGUAAGACAUAAUUGACUUGUUAUACUUUAUGGCUGCUGAGCUGAUAGAGGAUUAAAUGUACCACAUCUUGGUGGAAUAAGCAGUUGAUUUAACCAGCAGUAAAAAUUAAGUGUAUGUGAAAUAUUUAAUAGAGUCAUGAAUUUAUAUUCAGUUCACUGUCCCUCAAAGAUCACUAUCAGAGUUUGCCGUAGCUAUUCACAAUUUUAUUAUGUUCGUUCACUAUCAUUUUCUUCUUGGCAUAUUUCCAGAUUUUUAUUUAACAUCGAAUUAGAUGGCCCUAUUGAAGGGUAGAAUUAAGUUUUUAAAAAUUUGUUUUGCUGAAGUUAAAACAUACUUAUAUUUUGAAAGUCAUAAAAAGAUGUAUUACUAUAUAUAAAUUUCAGCAUUGCACUGAGUGUAGCUUAUCGGACGUUUUUAGGAAUUCUUAAAAAUAACCGGAGAUGCAGUUAAGUUACUUUUCGAAGUUUGUGGUUUCUUCAAAAGAAAUUUAGUGCAUUCAGUACUCUUAAGUACUUAAUUUAAUUUUUUUUAAAAACUGCUGCAGUUAAAAGAAUAUUUUAAUUUAGAUUAUCUCUAAAGAGGCUGGCUUAUUGAGACUUCUGUAGUCAACAAUGUAUAUUUUUUGCCAUUUGAAUGUGUAUUUGUGUGUUAUUAAUGCACAAAUGAAAGUUAUGUAAGAGAUGCAAACUUUACCUGGAGUCUAAACUUUUAAUUUAUAAAUGAAAAUAAUGUUAUAGGCAGCUUUACUAAAUGUUUUAUAAUGUCCAUCAUAACAUAUUCACAUACUUGGAUUCAUUCCAGUGGGUAAACUUCUUAUGCUUUAUAUUAAAACAAUUUUGCAUAAGAGGGUUUAAUAUGUGAUGGUGUUUGAAUUCCACAAUAUAUUAAGCAUGGAAAAAACAUGCUUAAUUCAAAUUUCAGCUUUUACCUUGAAUUAGAUUCUAUUGAUAUCAUUGGAGCGUUAGUGAUAAUUAAUGCAAUGAGGCCAUGUAUCAGGUUACUUGGGAGGAGUCCUUAAAAAAUGAAUACAUCAACUGAAAUAAAAUUUAUCUGACAACA